CUACACCUCGAAGAGCAGGGGAGGAAUCUGCAGCUGUCACUCCUAAGGUUUACCUCCAUUAUCACAUCCAUCUGGAGCCUGGAAAAGAAGACCAAGUAAUCACUCUCUAGAAAUACAGGAGACACCAUGGGAGGCAAACUGAGCAAGAAGAGAAAGGGAUAUGAUGUUAGCGAUCCCAAACAGACAAAGGAUGAGAUUUCGGCAACAGUGUCUGCAGCAGUUGAGGCCGUAGCCCCAGCAAUAGCUGAUGUGACAGCUGAGGCGACCAAUGUGGUGAAGGAAGCUGUGGUGUCAGCUGUGGCAACAGUGACUGAAGCUUUACAAGCUCCAGAAGAGCCCAAAUCUGCCCCUCCAGAGGACCCAGCUCCUGCUGCUCCAGUAGCAGAAGAACCUGCAGCUCCAGUAGAGGAACCAGCUGCAGUUGAACCAGCUGCAGUAGUAGAGGAACCAGCUGCUGUGGUAGAAGAACCAGCUGCAGUGGUAGAGGAACCAGCUGCAGUUCAAGAGGAACCAGCUGCAGUAGAAGAGGAACCAGCUGCAGUAGUAGAAGAACCAGCUGCCGUGGUAGAAGAACCAGCUGCUGUGGUAGAGGAACCAGCUGCAGUAGAACCAGCUACAGUUGUUGAAGAACCAGUUGCAGUAGUAGAGGAACCAGCUGCAGUAGUAGAAGAACCAGCUGCAGUAGUAGAAGAACCAGCUGUAGAAGUAGAGGAACAAGCUGCAGUAGUAGAAGAACCAGCUGCAGUAGUAGAAGAACCAGCUGUAGUAGUAGAGGAACAAGCUGCAGUAGUAGAAGAACCAGCUGCAGUAGUAGAACAACCAGCUGUAGUAGUAGAGGAACCAGCUGCAGUAAUAGAAGAAGCAGCUGCAGUAGCAGUAGAAACAGCUCCAGCAGCAGAGGAGUCAGCCCCAGUAGUAGAGGAACAAGCUCCAGUAGAGCUCCCUGCUCAAGCAGCAGAACCUGUGCCAAGUGAAGAUGAGACAGCAUCUGCUCCCAAAGAGCUGCCUGUAGAAGAACCUGCUGCAGCUAUAGUAUCUGUGCCAGAGCCAGAGGUUGUUCCUGUCAUCACAGAAGAAGCGCCUAGGGACACAGAGCCAGAGCCCAUCUCAGAGACUGUUACUGAGCCAGAAGCUGUUGUGAAGGAAGCAGUGGUACCUGCAGCUGUCCCUGAGCCUGAGCCAGUGGCCGAGCCUGCUGCAGUGCUAGAGCAAACCCCAGAACCUGCGCCGGAGACCAAACCAGAGCAGCAAUGGUUACCAGAGCCAGAACCAGAGCAGCUGGUCGAGGCUGUGAAAUCUGCAGCAGAGGAAAACGUUGAAGAAGUUGAGCCAGAACCAGUUGUUGCCACAUCUGACACUACUGAACUUGGGACUGUGGAAGCAGAAGCACCUACAGUCUUGGAGACUGCAGCAGAAGAGGAAUCGGUUGCAGCAGGAGCCCAAAGCACUGAUGCUGCAGCUGAGCCAGAAGCAGCAGAACCUGUCCCUGAGAUUGUCAUCUCAGAGUCCCUCUCUGCCAGCAAACUUACUGCUGAUUGUGAAGAGGUAGCUGAAGCCUCGGUGGAAGAGUUGCCUUGCCCAGAGCCUGAGGUAGAAAGCAAGAUGGAAAAUGGAGAUAUAGAGAGCCCUUCUGUUGCAGAGGUUGUGGCAGAAGUAGAUGCACUUCCAACUGUGAAUGGAGAGUGCACAAAUUCUGCGGAGACACCGACAGAGGAAUGUGUUAAUGGUAAUGAAAAGGAGACACAGAUCAAGAGUGACUUUGAACUGAAAAAGGAGGUGAACCUGAGCGGGGAGGUCCAGGAAGUUCUCGAUGCAGUGUCCGGCAUGGCAGAUGUUCUCUGCACUGAGGUCACCCAGGCAGUCUGAAAAAGAAGCCAUCUUUCAAAUCAAUGUGAAUUCAGUUUAAUCCUCCCGAUGGUGCGAGACAGCCAUCAAGGUAUCACAAACACAGCUAGGCUUUCUGGAAUGCUGUAACCACCGCAAUGUCCAUAAUGGUAACUCAGGCAAAAAGGAUGUUUUCUUUUGAGUAACCAAAAUGAAUGCAAAAACAUGAGGAUAGAAAGAGACAGAGAUAGAGGGAGAGCGGAAGAGAAAUUGGAGACUUGAGUUUGGAUUAGAGAUGAGGGCAGACAGUGUGAAACUGGACAGCAGAGCAAAAUACUGGACAGUAAAUAUGAUACUAAUGAAUGGAAUGAAUAAAUUGUAUUUGUGUGUGAGCUCGAUUAAUAUUACAAAGUGGUUUAUUGGAACAGCAUUCGUUAUUAGUAUAUCUGAUUUAAAAUGUCAUAUAUCCUUUCUAUUACUAUAUGCAGAGACAUGACAUAACUGUUUUGGCCUUUUAUAAUAAUGGUACCUGUGAGGACUGUUCAUUUUAAACUGAUUGUUCGGAAUAGAGAAUAAAAAGAGAUUGUUAUAGCCUA